CUGUAGCAGAGUUGGCCUGCUGGGAGCGCGGUCGUGCGCGUGCGCGACGCCGGCGGGAGGCGCGGAGUUUGAAUUUUGUUCCCAGAGUCGCGUCUAGUGAUCACGGACUUCCGGCUGAAACUGAGGUGUCCACGGUUUGCGCCAUAACGGCGAGUAGUGUGCCCUUUGCUCCUGGACUCACGAGAGAGGCUUAAAGGAUGGCGUCCUCCGAUCUGGAACGGUUAUGCUCUCAUGUUAAUGAAAAGAUUAGCAAUAUUAAAAAAACUUUGUCAUUAAGAAACUGUGGUCAAGAGCCCACUUUGAAGUCUAUGUUACAUAAAAUAGGAGAUGAGAUCAUUGUAGUAAAUGAACUUCUGAAUAAAUUGGAAUUGGAAAUUCAAUAUCAAGAACAAACCAACAGCUCACUCAAGGAACUCUGUGAAUCUCUCGAAGAAGAUUAUAAAGAUGUAGAACAUCUCAAAGAGAACAUUCCUCUCCAUUUGCCUCAAGUAACAGUAACCCAGAGCACGGCUAAAGAAUCAGAUGUUGACCCUGAAGAACCAGUCAAAGUUGAGGAACCUGCACCCACAAAGAAGCUGCCAAAAGAACAAAGAAGUAUUAAAGAAAUGCCAUUUAUAACUUGUGAUGAGUUUGAUAGUGUUCCUGCGUACAUGAAAUCACGUUUAACCUAUUCUCAAAUUAAUGAUGUUAUUAAAGAAAUCAACAAGGCAGUAAUUAGUAAAUAUAAGAUCCUACAUCAGCCAAAAAAGUCUAUGAAUUCUGUGGCCAGAAAUCUCUAUCACAGAUUUAUUGAUGAAGAAACAAAGGAUACCAAAGGUCAUUAUUUUAUAGUGGAAGCUGACAUAAAGGAGUUCACAGCUUUGAAAGUUGACAAGAAAUUUCAUGUGUUACUGAAUAUUUUACGACACUGCCGGAGACUAUCAGAGGUCCGAGGAGGGGGACUUACCCGAUAUGUUAUAACCUGAGGCUCUUGUGAGAUUUUAAGUGGACCAACAGUAGG